AUGACUAUGAAGUUAUUGGCUCUUGUGCUAGCAGUAGCAGGAGGAGUUUCAGCAAAUCAAAUUAGAGGAGUUGAGCCUUCGAAACAGAAUCUAUAUCAACCAAUCGAAGAGACUUCAGGAAAGAAGACGUGGCAUUGUAUUGGUGAUCCUUCUAUAGUGUUAUCUUACGAACAAGUCAAUGACGAUGUCUGCGACUGUCCUGAUGGAUCAGAUGAACCUGGAACCAAUGCAUGUGCAUACAAUCCAGAAUUUGAAUUCUAUUGUGCAAAUGAAGGGCAUAUUCCGGGGUAUAUUGAAAAUUUCAAGUUGAAUGAUGGUGUCUGUGAUUAUGACAGAUGCUGCGAUGGUUCAGAUGAAUACUUGAGUGGAAAUUGUCCCAACAAAUGUGAAGUGAUUCAUAAGCAGUUCUUAGAAUAUAAGGAUCGAACCACAAAGGAUGUUGAAAAUGCAAUGAGAAUUAAAAGAGCAUGGAUAGAGAAAGCAGAGCAGCAAAGAAAAAAGUUAUACACCAAGCUUGAGGAACUGAGAAACGCAUUGAAGGAAAAGAGUUUAGAAUUGGAAGGUCUUCUAAAGAGAGGGACUGAUGAAGAUACAAGUGAAACUCAUGAGAACUUGCUGACACUUGAAAUACUAUUACCGUUCAUUAAUAGCGUGGAAAGUAAUGUCAAGCAGCAAAAUGCAGACUCAAAAGAUUAUCUAGAGAGAAUUAAUAUUCUAGAGGCAAUUUUGUCUAAGCUACUCAAAGGGUAUAAUCCGAAUUUCAAUGAUCAUGCUGUAAAAGAAGCUGUUAACAAUUUUCAAGAAUAUGUUUCAAAUAGGCCUCAAUUGCUGCAGAAAGAAGAUAACACUUUAGAAGUAUUAAAAGGACUCUCCGAAGAAGCUUCAAAAAUAUCUUACAACUCCAUCACUACGGAUUGUGAGACUCUGUUCCUUUUCAAUAUUUACCAUCACAUCACCAAGCUUGUAACAGAUCAAUUUUCUCUGUUUGAUUCAAGCACAAAUAUGGGCUCCGAAAAUACAAAAGUUCCUGGAAAAGUCAAUCAAGAAUAUGGAGCGCAAGUAGCUGAUUUGGAAAAGCAGAUUAAGGGCAUUCAGUCAGAAAUAUCUAUCACUGAGGAGGAUUUGGAUGCCGAAUAUGGCCCUCAUGAUGUUUUCCGUCCUAUAAAGUUUUCUUGGGUCUCUAGUAAUUUAAACGGAUACAAAUAUAAUAUUGGACUACUCGAUUCUAUAUAUCAAGACAAUAUUUUCAUUGGAAAGUUCACUGAACUCAAUGGAAAUACGCUUUCCUACAGGCAUGGACAUAAGUGCUGGAAUGGUCCCAAUAGAUCAGCCGAUGUGGAAUUAGUAUGUGGACCAGAGAACAAACUACUUUCUGUUAGUGAGCCCGAAAAAUGUGAAUACUAUUUCUUGAUGCAAAGUCCAGUUGCAUGCAAAGAACUUACUGAUGAAUACCUCUUGUUGAAUUUUAAAAUUGAUUAUGACAAGUUAUAG